GAAACUCCGAAGCAGCUGGAUGCACACACUGAGGCUACAGUGAAUCAGCGUGCUGAAUUACAGAACAUUGAGAAGGUUUAAUACUGUUUGUGAGUCAGAGUCCAAGAACUUUUGUAAUGAUACAUGUAACACCUAAAUAUUCCUGAGUUGCUGAACCUUUAUCGUUUUGACAAGAAAAAGAUUUGCUAUUAUCAUCAUGUAGUAACUUGAGGUUGUCCAGGUUCCAAAGAGUUGCUGAGUAAACAUCUUUAUGACGCAGUGAACCAUUACAAUCUGAACUGCUAUGAGGUUAAGAAACGUCAGAAGAUUUUGAUGGACCUUAUGCAAACCUUGAGAUCAGUUAGAAAGGAGACACAGUUUGAUGCAGGAGAGCACAAUGAUCUUCAGAUCAUUCGGCAGAUUGAAAAUAAAAUAGAGAAAAUGGAUACCAAAGUGCAGGUUGCAAAACAGAUCUAUCAGAUGUAUCAAAACAUACUGGAAUGUCUGCAGAGGGAUGCAGCAUAUAUACCUCAGAGAGUGGACAGCUUCAGUGCAAUUGUGGACGCGCACAAAGCUGAGCUCACUGCGUUAGCCCAAGUGUCACGGGAAGCUGCAGAAGCACGGAAGAACAUGUGGAUUGAGUUGGAUGCUCUCGAGAAGUCGUACAGCACGGAGAAGAAGGAACGAGAAACAAUACUUUCCAACAGGAGGAAGCUACUGAACUUAGAGAAAUAUGCGCUGAAACGUAUUGAUGCUUCCUCGCUCAGAUCUGGACAGUCAUCAGCUGGUGGAUUAAGAACAAGAAGAAGUUUUACAGAAUAUGGAAGUCGCGUACAUAGUGGAUCUGAAAUUACAAUUGUCAGUGAAAUCAACAAGCUUAAAGAACUAAUGACUUGCUCAAAGAUACAGGAUAUUGAACAGAGAAUAAACAUGCAGAGUGCAACCAGUGACUACCUGCAGUGGAAACUCAGUCAGCGGAAGGAGAAGCGGAAUCAGUUGAACAAAGACUUGGAGGAUCUGAUGCUAGAACAUGCUGAACUAAAGUUUGACCCCAACAAGACGAUAGCCAGCCUGACCAUUUUAAAGGCGGGUACAGAACAACAGUUGAAGCUUGAAAAGGAGAAGCUUGCGAUGGUGUUAACACAGCUGUGUAACAGUGAACGUCUCCUCUUGUCCAUUGAGAGUGGGAUUGACAACUUGUACUACUCCCUGUAUGGCAUUCCUGGUACCACUGAGAUUUCUACUGGCGAACCACAAGACACCUAUGAGAAGUUACAUAUCUGUGAGGAGAAAUUAAUUUUCUUGGAGAACAAAGUUAGAAACUUCAUUGUUGAUGAAUGGAUGUUAACCGAACAAGAGAAGUUAACAGAAUUAAUUGAGAAGACAUUCGGUGAGAAUGAAAUGAAUAGAAAUGUUAUGGUUGACAUAGAUGACUUUGAAAUCCAAGAUGAUUUAGACUAUUUGGCAGCAGGAACUGAUGGUAUUCUCACAAGAGAAGAAAUUAAAAGACGGAGUGAACUUCUGGUGCAAGACAAGACACGAAUAGUGAGGAGAGUGAAGAAAAAGGGCAGGAAACGAUAUGUCAGCAAGAAAAAAGUCAUUUGUGAUAUGGGUGUGUGA